UUAGCGCUGGAGCAAAGGUGAAUACAUUGCGCCAAGGGGAAAGAACGUCUUCAAUCAAAUACGGAGUUGCGACCAUCCUGUUGGCGACGCGGAGACUAUCCAACUCAGAAACCCAUUGUAUACACCUGGAAGGGCGACGCGUGAGGAGCGACCACGAGCAGCCAAGAAUAGUUGGGAUGUGUGCUUUAGCACCAGCGUAACAUACUCCGAGCAUCGUCUGUCUUUUGGUGGAUUCCCCCGACUGGCCGAGUGAAGGAAUCUGACCAGAAUUCUGCCUCACCCAAUAAACGAACCUGGACCGCAACGGACGCACGACGAGAGAGAUUUUGCUCGGCAUUGAAUCUACAACCUCUACUCUCCAAACAACCAAAGAAUCGACCGUUAUCGACGAAGCUGAACAACGAACCCUCCUACUGAUCAUGCGACCACGAUUACGAGGUCAAACUGCUCUUGCGAUCAGCUUGAGCGGGCUCAUACAGGUCUCAAUUGCCAGUAUAUCAUUCUCCGACCUCCAGCCCAUUUCCGGCUUUCCUUCGCUGUGCACAAAAGCCUAUGGCACACUCAUCGACAGCUGUCAGGUUAGCGACUUCCCCGGGGUUGGUGGCACGGGUUCAUGUUCUGUCAACUGCGAGAUUGCGCUGGAAACGGUGCAGAUCAUUGUACGACGAGCGUGCUAUGGUGAAGAGGCACCCGCCGACAGUCUGAUUGGUCAGUUAUUCAUUGGAAACGUCGUCGCCUUUCUCUGUGAUCAACCUUCUGCUGCAACGACGAGUACGGCGGGCAGUGGGGCGACAUCACAGACGAUAUACACAGACACAAUGACAUUCGCGACAUCGACUUCAACACAAGCCACAGUUUCGAUGGCUACAUCGUCAAACACGGCAAGCAAUACGGCGAGCAGCACUGCUUCAACCAAUUCACAAACCACUGCUGGUAGUGCAUCCACAACGUCAUCGAGUGAAACCACCAGCAGUACCGAUACCAACACUAGCAAGUCAUUAUCUACUUCCAUUUCCACAAGUCGCUUGAAUUCUUCAGCGACAUCAUUACAGACUUCUACCUCCACCAAGACCACGACACACACCUCAAAAUCAUCUACUACCACAUCGUCAUCGCAUGCAUCUACGUCAACGCAGAGUUCCUCGGGCAACGGCGGCGAGAGCGGCGAUGGUGGCAGUGGUGGUGGAAGCCCCUUCGAUUCCCAAUUCAGCUCCGGCGCUGCGCCGUCAAUAGCGUUGCAAGCGCAGAUGCUGUUCCUGAGUUUGCUUGUUUUGAUGAUAACACUGUGAUGAAAAAUGAUGAUACCCAGCAACGCAAAGGAAGUUGCGACCUGUACUUUUAUUUCGGAGCCUUCGGGCCCUGUUCACGUUUGGAGCGAUGAAGAACCUUUGUAUCAGCGAGCACACGAGAACAUAAUACGGAAGGACUGAUGAGAGUGGGUAAUGGCAUACGGAAGGGAUUGAUGAUACCCGAC